AUGGAGGCCGCUUUUGAAAAAGUAGUGGACAUACUAUUUGGCGUGGCUAUAAGGCAGAUUAGUUACAUGUGGAAUUACAUUGAGAACAUUGAUACUUUGAAAAGAGCAUUGCAAGAUCUCAAAGGUACAAGGGAGAGGGUUCAAGGACAAAUAGAUAUAGCUAUUCGUGGAGGUAAUAAUCUCUUUGAAGGUGUGGAAAAGUGGAUGAAGGAUGCCGAUCAACAAAUAUCCAAGGCCGAAGAAUUUGUUGAAGAAGAAGCGAAUGCCAAGAAGACCUCUGAAUGCUAUCAUUGUGCUCUUGAAGAUGAAAGCAAACAAAUCAUUGGAAUCUAUGGCCUAGGUGGUGUUGGAAAAACCACCCUUGCUUUGGAAGUUGCUGCAAGAGUAAGACAUCGGUUGUUUGCUGAAGUUGCUUUUACAACCAUCUCACAAAAGGUAGAUUUUGAGAAGAUUAAAAAAGAUAUUGGAGAAGCAACGAAGCGAAUAAUGAAAGGGGACAAGAUUCUAAUCAUAUUAUUAGACGACGUGUGGGAGAAACUAAAUCCUGAAGAUUUGUGUAUUCCAUGUGGGAAUAAGCACAAGAAUUGUAAGAUCUUAUUAACGUCUAGAAGUAUAAAAGUUGUUGAAGAAUGUGGUGGAUUGCCACUACUUAUUCAAGCAUUUGGAAAUGCAUUGAAGGAUGAAAACAUCAAAUCCUGGGAAUGGGCUCUUACUCAAUUGCAGAAACAUGCACCAUCGGAUGUCGAUGACGAGAUACAGAAAUCAUUUACUCAUUUGCAGUUAAGCUAUGACUAUCUUAAAAGUGAAAAAGCCAAGUCGUGCUUCCUGCUCUGUAGCAUGUUCCCUGAAGACUGGUAUAUCUCUUUGGAAGACUUGGCAUAUUAUGCGGUGGGUUUAGAAAGGUUUGAUGACCUGGAUAGCAUAGAGGAUGCAAGAGGCAGAGUUCAAAAUGCAGUGGAUAUGCUCACUUCUUCUUGUUUGUUGUUGAAGAACCAGUACCUAGGAGAAGGCUAUACCAAAAUGCAUGAUGUUGUCCGUGAUGUGGCAUUGUUAAUUGCAUCUCAAGGCAAUAACAAAUUCUUGUCAAAUCUCAACAAGGUACACAUACCACACCUUGAAAUUUUUCUUGUACAAAAAAAUCAAAAUUUGUCAAAGAUUUCUGAUGAAUUCAUUGGGUGGAUGAAAAAAGUAAAGGUUUUAGAUAUCUCGUGGAAUAAUAUCUCAUCCUUGCCACAAUCAUUUCAACUCCUCACAAAACUUCGUAUGCUCGAUCUUCGUGGAAAUAAAUCUCUCCAUGAAAUUUCAAUACUUGGGGUGUUGAGAGACCUUGAGAUUCUAAUUCUAAAUGAAACUGGAAUCACUAAAAUUCCUAGAGAAAUUGCCCAGUUAGUAAACUUGAGGGUGCUUCAAGUUAAAGAUUGCGUGGAUUUAUCUCUCAUAACAGAGGGUGUUAUAGCAGCGUUGUCGAGAUUGGAAGAGUUAUGCAUUGACCUUAGCUUUUUGAAACGAGCCUCUCCUUGUAUUGUUGAGAACAAGGAUUCAAUUUUAAUAAACUGA